AUCGAAAUCAAGAGUGAGCUCCAUGGGGGCGUCUACAUGGCGCGCCUCCUCGCUGACGAUUCCCUGUACGUCUACAAGCAAGUGGAGCGCCCCUUUUAUGUUGCUGGGGACAGCGACGUGCUGGAACAGGAGCUGCGCAACCUGGAGCUAUUCCGCGGCAGCGACGUCGGCAUCGUUCAGCUGGUUGCCGCUGUCACUUCAACCAAUCCUUGCCAAACGGCUACGGGGUUCGGCUGGGGACGCUGUCGAGGUGGUUCCACCGUCCUUCGAGGCCUUCUCCUCGAGUAUCACGAAAACGGGACAUUGGAAAUGGCACUGAAAUCGCCAAGACCUAAUAUGGACGGUCUGUGGCGACGCUGGGGCCUUCAGAUCGUCAGAGCGCUUGCCUGCCUUCAUGAGCGUGGAAUUGCUCACCUGGACCUCAAGCCUUCCAAUGUCGUCAUCAGUACCGACAUGAACGCGGUGCUCAUCGAUGUCAGCGGCAUCGGCGGCGUCACACGCCAGUGGCUCUCCCCGGAGAUGCUACAAGAGAAGGAUCCAAUGUCCCAGGACUUCGAGGCACGUAAGCAAAACGAUAUCUGGGCUCUUGGACAAAUGCUGCUUGCUAUGGCCGAGGCGUCUAGUGACAAAGACGAGGCGCAACUGCUAAGGAACAUUUCGCUAUCUGCUACACGGACCCCUCCACGAAUUCCCUUGAGCGAAGCCAUCAGAAGCUUUUCGGAACGCCCUUCUUGAACCCUUUAGAAAUCGUCCCAGUCAACCUCGUAUGGCUUGAAUCCUCCGCCCGUUAUACCCCCUGUGAGAGCAGUCAAUCAGCAGCAUCGUUCA